UUUUCAUUUCGAUGUAAUCCAACGGUCGGACCGGUGUGUUUCCGUGCGAGCCCGCUCUCACCUCUCUAGCUCGGUGCGUUGGGAACGCGUUUGUGUUUCUAACAUUUUUAUCGUGUGCGAGAGUCUCAAACCCGUGUGACGCGUGCUUACCGGGCCCUGCCUGAUAAAUAUUGUGUGUGCGUGUGUAUGAUUGAUUUUUUUUUUGGUUGGUUUCGGUUCGUUCGGGCUCAGUUCGGUUUGGUUGUUGGCUGCAUUGACUGCACGGCUACUACGGGCGGAAUUUGAUGAGUUAGAGAUUAAUUAUGUUUUGUGUGUGAAUCGGUAAAGUGUGCGACAAUUUAGGCUGUCCAGGCCGUGGGGAUUUACACUACUGCCCUUUUUUCCCACGUCCGAGUUGUUGCGGAACGGUUUGAUGCAGAAGUGCGUGAAUGUAGGUGCGUGAACGUGCGUGACAGUUUUAUCUCACAACACAACAGCAAAAAGGAAAAAAAAACACUCAACCACACAAAUAACAUGUUUGAGCGAUUUUGACACACAUCCACAAACCACCACGCUAAACGUUUCCUUCCGGAUAGAAGCUGCGUUUUUGUAGUGAAACCGUUUCACCGUGUGCUUGAUCGACGACUGUGUGUCUCUACGCCGCUCUGGCUGUGUGUGAGUGUACAAGUAUUUUGGAUUUCUGCAUCCGAGGAGGCGAUUUUUCGGCGAAAGAAGCAAAACAAAACGUACCCGCGCACACACCGGCACCAACGACGGAAAAGAGCUUGAAACGAGGUUUUUUCUUCUUCUGCCAUCAUAGGAGACUGUGUGGUCAACGUAGACAAGGUCCCGCCAAAAAUUCAAACCCCAGUUCCCGGUGGACCACUAGGCAAAAACAAACUUUCGUUCAAGUGAAGCAACGACCGCGAGCGCCUGUGUGUGUAUGUGUCUCGCUGUAUGUGAUAUGUGUGCCGUGAAACGUGAAAGAAAGUCUCCGAUGCAGCAAGCUUGACAGAGCACCGCUACCAUUCAAAACAGGAAUAUCGACAUUGCCGUGCGUGCCAGACAAAAACAUUCGAAGUUUGACAGGUCCUCGUCCGUAUGUGCAUUGUGAGUGUCAAGUAGUGAUUUCCGUAGUGUGUGACGCGAUCGCGAGUGUGCGUCCUCGGUGAAGUGAUCUCUGGGGUUUUUUUUUGAGCAGCGAUCCCCUUUGGGCGUCGUGUGCCGCGCGGUUUUGCGACACCACGGACCCACGCAACGGCUCCAAGAUUCUCUCGCUACAGCAUCCCUAUCACCAUCAUCACCAUCCGAACGCCGGUAGCACGCUGGAGGGCAGAACGAUCGAGUACCGGCCCGGUGGCGGGCUGGACUACCACAACUCUCCCCUCAUGGCGGAGAUACCGACCGGUGACUACAGCCACAUCCACCGGUCCAUCGAUCAGCUCCGGUCGAUGAACGAACGGGGCGUACUGGGACAGCUUAACGCACUGCAACACGCGGCGGCAGCCGUUGGCAAUGGAACCGAUCUCCGGUCGGCCCUAGUACACGACUACAAACCUUACAUUAGUGAUCUGCGGGCGAAUGCCGCCAACGAUCGGUUGAUCGACUACGCUGUCGUCCAAAAGCACCACCACCAUCAUCAGCAACAGCAGCAGCAGCAACAACAGCAGCAGCAGCAGCAACAGCAACAGCAGCAACAUCAGCAACACCAACAGCAGCAACAGCAUCCUCACCAGCAGCAGCAACAGCAGCAACAUCAUCAGCACGGUCCUCCACACCUGCUGGACGAUCGGACAGGCAACAACAAUAACAACAACAACAACCAUGAAACGGAUCUGCGAAUGGUGGAGGAUCACAAGCCUCCCCACUACAGUGCGCCGUCCACACCUCCCACGCCGUUGGCGAUCGUCGAGACGCAGAUGGCAGAACCUGUGAAGAGAUAUGGAAAAGGUCGCAAAAAGAUCUUCUCCGCCAAGGCUAACCUGGAGCUGCACGGCGGAUCGCUUCAGAUGCGCGAAACCAAACCGUACAAAUGCACGCAAUGCACCAAGUCGUUCGCCAACUCGAGCUACCUGUCCCAGCACACGCGGAUACACCUGGGCAUCAAGCCGUACCGGUGCGAGAUCUGUCAGCGCAAGUUCACCCAGCUGUCCCAUCUGCAGCAGCACAUCCGGACGCACACCGGCGACAAACCGUACAAAUGCCGACAUCCGGGCUGCCCGAAAGCGUUCUCGCAGCUCUCCAACCUGCAGUCCCAUUCGCGGUGCCAUCAGACGGACAAACCGUUCAAGUGUAACUCGUGCUACAAGUGCUUCACGGACGAGGCCUCCCUGCUGGAGCACAUCCCGAAGCACAAGGACUCGAAGCAUCUGAAGACGCACAUCUGCCAGCUGUGCGGCAAAUCGUACACGCAGGAAACGUAUCUGGCGAAGCACAUGCAGAAGCACGCGGAAAAGGAGGAAAAGCGUCGCAACCGGGCGGCCGGUGGCGGCGGUGGUGGAGGCGGUGGUGGUGGCGGUAGCGGGGCGGCGAGCGGUGCCAACUCUUCGGCCGGUUCCGGAGCUGCGGGAAAUAAUAAUAAUAAUAAUAACAAUAACAGCAGUAAUGCGAACAGCAACGCGAAUAAUAGCGGUGCCGGAAGUCCAAACGGUGGUGGCGCUGGUGGUGCGGCCGUGGUAGCGAAUGCGGCCGCGGUGGCAGCGGUCGCCGAUGCAGCCGCCGUUGGAUUGGCCGGCCUGGCUGGGUUGGGACUGAACCGGAUGGGCGGUAUGGUGGUAGGGAAUGCGGCCGCGGCAGCAGCAGCCGUCGGGCUGGAGCAUCCUUACUGGCCCAAGGUUAGUCCGGAUUCGGCCGCUAGCCUAGCGGAGGCCAUGCAGCAGCAACAGCAGCAGCAACAGCAACAGCAGCAGCAACAGCAGUACGAUUUCAGCAGUAGUGGAGGGGCGAGCGGCGGUAACAGUGGUGGCGGAGCCGGUGGCAACGCGAACAACGGUGGCGCCGCGAACGAUCCGCAGCAUCAUCGUAACUUGAACGGGAGCAGCAGUUCCGCCAACUCGGCGGACGACGUCGGCGAGGACCUGGUCGUCAUCCGGCACAACUCCCAGCAGCAGCAGCAGCAGCAGCAGCACGUUAGCAACCAAUCGAAUUCCUCGUCCGCCGCCAACUCGUCCGCCUUCACGCCGAUCAACGUGAUGCCACCGCAUCUGAACAGCCUGGCGGCGGCCCACCAGCACCACCAGCAGCAGCUGGCGGCCGCCCAGCAGCGGGCCGCACCACCCUCGUACCUGUACGACGCGAUCAGCUUCCAGAACCAGAAAGCGAUCAAUCAGAAUGCGGCGGCGGUGGCUGCGGCCGCCGCGAACGGCUUCCCGAACCAGCUCAUCUCCCUGCACCAGAUCCGGAACUAUGCGCACCAGCCGGGCGCGGGUGGUGGCGGUGGCGGCGGUGGAGGCGUCGGAGGCCUUCUGUCUGGGGAGCAUUUGCUGAUGGGCGGCGGUGUUGGCAAGGUGGAAAAAUAGUUUCACCUGCAAGGGCUGCGUGUGUGUGUGCGCGCGUGAUAAGGAUGAUGUAAUUAUAGAGCGGAAAUCUCCACACCCCCCGCACACACGCACACACACAGACAGAGCCGAUCCCGAGGAUCCGUCGUUUGUUUGUAACAAAAGCUGCUUUGUAUCUCUCCUCUCGGUGUAGAAAGGGAUAUCUGGUAGGGGGGAGUAGUGGCAUGUGUGGACUACUUCGAUUAAUUUCUAUUUUUUUCUCUCUCUCACACACUCCCUAUCUCGCGCCACGCACACACACGCAGCCAACCAACACGGGAAACAAGCCUACUAGAUUGAUUGUAAGCUCCUUCUUUAAGUUAGAUAAGUUUCGUCGUUGCUAGGAUCCGCGUUUGACAAAAAAAAAGAGGAUAGUUUGAAACUGUUCGCACGCAGACCAACACACACACACACACGCACACACACAGCUUUCUCGUGGGGGAGCCUCCGCUGUAUUGUUUUUAAUUUCUUGCUUAGAGAAUAUUUGCGCCUAGUUAAAGGAUCUCGGUGAUUUUAGACGGAUAAGUAAGCACUGCUGUUGUGUGACAGUGGAAGCGGGCGGAGGGAUCUUCUUCUUUUUCCUUUUUGUUUAUUUGAUUAAAAAAGCCCCCUUAAACAUGAGCCACCACCGUGUAUGUGCGCGCGCUUGUGUGUGCGUGUGUGUGUUUGCGUGCUUUUAUGUAGUGUAGGGGGGGGGGGGGGGGGCCCCAAACGAACAGGCGCGAGUAGGCAAGCUGAGCUAUAUGAAAAGUAGGCAAAAAUACUUUAAUUUGCAACACAAACACACAAAAUGCAUGCCAGCCGAUAGCAAACACACAUGGGGGAAAAUAGAGAGGUAAAAACAAUUGUAAAUAGAGAACAAUCGAAGCGAGAAUGAAGUAAGUAGCUAUAAAUAUACAUACCAACACAUAUACAUAUGCAUCUCUAUAUAAAUGUCACUCUGAAUCACUUGAAGUGUGUGUGUGUGCUCUCUCGUGUAUCCUGUUAACGUAUGAUCCUUGUACAAAAGAAAAAAGCAAAAACAGCAUCGCGCACCCCACCCGGCAGUACUGCCCCUUUCCCUUCUUCACACACUUUAAGAUGCAUUUAAACAAGAAAGGGAACGGGGGAUCGCUGUAUGGGUAUAUGGGUGUGUGUGUGUGUGUGCGUGGAUGAUAGUUUCCUUCUCAUUUUUUAAAUUUUAUUUACGGUUUAGUUGCCUUAUAUCCUUACCCUCUGUGUAGUGGAAGUUGAGCAGCAAGCUUAUCAAUCAAUUAUCAGCUUAUGGGGCUUCGUUUCGCUUGAUGGGACCGUUUUUGGGGUUAACUUAACCGGAAGAAACCUUCCCGCUUUCCACUUUCUCGAAGAAAAAGUGCAACAGGUGAAACGAUCCUUCCGAGCGGCUGAUGAUAAGCUUUGCGCGCUGCAAGCGUUCCGGAGAGGAGGACGUAAGGGAGCAGGGGGAGAGUUUUACUUAAGCAACAAACACACCGAACGCAAACGAUCCACGCAUCCACGCAUAUCUGCUGCAUCUCUUCUUGCAUGAGAUGUGAGUGUGUGUGUGUGGUGUGAGCAGGUGUGUAAUAUUAGUAGCAACCAGUAUAGUAAGCCCGUAUAGUAGUAGUAGUAGCAGUAUGAUGUAACGAACGAACGGUUGAGUAGAGCGUGUCGUCCUCUCUGUGACAAAGCAAGCGGAAGCGUAUCGGGGAAAGGAAAGGUAAACAGUUGUGUAAAGAAGCAAACAAAAACAAAUACACCGCACAUAAAUCGACGACGAAUCGAACGGAAAGAACCACUCCAAUGUAGCGGUGGUCAGCAGAAGCUGAUACAAAAACAAAUCUUUUAUGAUUAUGAAUAAAACAGAGUAAAAACAAAAGCAACAAACAACAAAAAAAAACACACACAACAUAAUUUAAAA